GACGGCACUUUUCGUCUGCUAAGUCAGCAAUAUCAUGGCGACGCAGGAAUCUGUUAGGAAAGUGGUACAACAAGUACGACCAAUUUUAUCCGUUGAUCGUAGCGAGGCGAGGAAGAGAGUUUUUAAUUUAUAUAAAGCAUGGUAUAGACAAAUACCAUACGUUGUGAUGGACUAUGACAUCCCAAAGUCAGUGGAACAGUGCCGAGUCAAACUCAGAGAAGAAUUUGAAAAGAACCGUCACGUUACAGAUAUACGAGUGAUAGAUAUGCUUGUUAUUAAGGGCCAGAUGGAACUUAAAGAAACUGUUGAAAUUUGGAAGCAGAAGGGUCAUAUAAUGACAUACUUCAAGGAAACUGUUGAACCAAAACCUACAGACUUCUUGUCUAAAUUCUUGGCGGGUCACGAAUAAAAUCAAGGUAUUAGAUGGUAAGGAAUCAGUCUUGCACAGUUGAACUGUGUAGUGGAUUAUUAAAAAGCUUAUAUUAUGAUAGUCUCUUAUUGUACAGAUAUUAAAUGUUAUUCUGAAUUGACUGUAAAUAAAUUUUCUUGUAUACGUCCUUGCA